AUGCGUUUCUCCACCGCUACUGUCUUCUCUGCCCUUGUGGCCUUUGCUUCCGCCUACACUACACCUGACUACAGCGAGGACCCCACCGGCAACCCCAUUCUCACUCCCGGUCUCCAGCAGCAGGUUCCUGAGGGCAAGCCUUUCGAGAUUACCUGGACCCCCACCACCCCCACCGAUGGCAAGAUCUCUCUGGUCCUCCUCCAAGGUCUCAGCACCGACAUGCAGGUUCUCUAUGCCAUCGCUGAGGACAUCCCCAACUCUGGCUCUUACACCUGGACUCCCAGCACUAGCCUGACCCCCCAGACCACCCACUACGGUCUUCUUCUGGUCGUUGAGGCUACCGGCCAGUACCAGUACUCUACCCAGUUCGGUAUUGUCAGUGACGGCACUGUCUCUUCCUCUUCUAGCGCCGUUACUCUCGCCCAGACCACUGCUCAGGCUUCUGCCACUGGCACCGUUGUGACUGUCAUUGACAACGAGACCACCACCAUCUGCCCUGAGACUGAGACUGCCUCUCCUACUCCCACCGCCUGGACCACCAUCCGCAAGUCUACUGAGAUCACCACCACCAUCUGCCCCGAGACCGAGACCAACUCUGUCCCCGCUGCGACUAACACCAUCGUCGCCUCUGGCUCUCUGACUCGUCGCCCUACCAAGCCCACUACCACCCCCGCUGGCAGUGGUGCCGUUGUUCCUUCUGGCACUUCCUCUCCCAGUGCUUCUGCCACCCCUUACUACAACGGUGCUGGCCAGAACACCAUUAGCUUCGGUGCCAUCGUUGCUGCUAUGUUCGCCGUCAUGGCCUUUUAA